AUGGCACCAGCGCAGCUCCUCCGCCUGCCCCUUGCAUACCGCCUCUUCUUCCUCUUCCUCGAGCCCAUCUCCGCCCUCGCCGGCGCCUACUACGCGCACUUCCGCCAGCAGCGCUACCUGCAGCUCCUCCACGGCGCAACCGCACCAGCACGGCUCGUCCCCGUGGGCACCUCCGUGGCAAUGUCCCAGCUGGCCAACAUGUAUUUGUCCUUCGCCAUCAACGAGGCGCUCGUGCUGCGCGCAACGCGGGACCUGCGUGUGUGGCGCGCCGUGCUGCUGGUGCUCCUGAUUGCGGACCUCGGACACUUGUAUUCUAUCAAGGAGCUGGGUCCUGCGAUCUAUUAUAAUGUCACGGGCUGGAAUAUUGGUGACCUUGGCAACGUGCCCUGGGCGGGGGUUGGCCUGUGA